GGGGUUUUAAGCUGUAAAACAAAUAUGAGCUUUAGCACCAAUUGAGAAUCAAAAUUCGUUACUAAGCAUUACGAACACGAUUUAAGAGAGAUACUUGUUAUAUCAGGGUAGCUUUUUUUAGAUGUACAUAAAACUAAAUGGUUUAAAUGGAAUAUUUACAAGAAUGGUUAAACUCUGAAGGUUACGCUAAGUUCAAAGAAGCUGUAAAAAUAAAUUGUGAACCAGCUAAUGAAUCUGAGCCAUAUUUCUUUAAGUAUAAAGCUCGGGGUAUAUUAAAAACGUUGAAAGAGAAGAUUGAAGAAGACUUUAAAAAUGUAUAUAAUAAUUCUAAUAUUAAAAAUAAUGAUAGUUUUGAUUGCAACCAAAAAGAAAUAAUAGAAGUUUUAGAUGUUAAUGAUUUAUUGGCCGAAUUAUGUUAUGAACUUGGUUUAAAUUUUAUAGAAUGUGAGGAAGUAAGCACAGGAGAAGAAUACCUUUCAAAAUGUAUAGAAUAUUUUGAAACUGAAAACAAUUUUAAAUUGACUAGUCUUCAAUUAGCAGCUUACAACCAAUUAGGGAUACUAUGGUCAAAUCGCUCGUGUCAUGACAAAGCUUUUGAUUACCUUAAAAAAGCAGAAUCUCUCUAUGAAAAAAAUGAGAAAACGUUGUAUCUUAGUUAUUUAGACUUUCACAAUAUAUGGAAACCUUCAGAAGAAAAAUCCAGUUAUUUAGAAAGCAAGGCGUAUUAUGAAAGUCUACAUACCUUAACUUUAUAUUAUUUAGCUCAGGUUCUUGGACAUUUAGGAAAACCUAAAGAAUCUGCUAUGUAUUGCCACAUUACAUUAGUUCGUCAGAUGAACACAAAGCAGUAUGAUCCUUUAGACUGGUCCCUUUGUUGUGCAACCUUAUCACAGUAUUACAUCACAAAAGAUGAGUAUAAAUUUGCAAGAUAUUGCCUAUCUUGUGCUGAACAUAUUAAUAAAGAAGUCUUUGUAAAGUUUGAUGCUGAAGAAUUUUCUCAAGAAAGCGAAAGAGAGCAUUCAAAAGAGAAAAUCUUGAAGUCCAGAGCUGAUAUCAAAAGAUGCUGGUUAAAGUAUACUUUAAAUUUGCUGAAGUCAUCAUGUGAGAAGUUAUUUGAAGUUAGAGAGCGAAAUAAUGAAAACCAGACCUUGGAUGACACUUCUGAUAAAGAAAAUAAGUUGAAGUUUGGUGACUUAGAAGUUUCAGUAUACGAAGAACAAGUCACAGAUUUGUUUGUUAGUAAUUAUACUGAUGCAAAGAAGUUGUUUAACUUUUUCAAUCUCUGUCUUCAAUCUGCUAAAGAGUUCUAUAAGCUUGAUGGUUAUGUUUCUGAUUACACUGAAAUAACUCAGGAUUUUAGUCAGUUUUACAAGAAUUUGGCUCUCUUUGAUGACGAUUUUGAAAAUAGAUGCAAAAUGCACAAGCGUCGCAUUGACAUGUUGAAACCAAUCUUACUUGAACUCAACCCACAACAUUUUUUACAAAUUUGUCGACAAUUAACAUUUGAAAUUGCAGAAUGUUACACUGAAAUGGCAGAUUUAAAACGGAAGAUUCUUGAGGAGAAUACUGAUAAGUUUUCUUCAAAGGCUGUUCGAAAAAUCAACAGUUUAUUACUUCAAUCAAUCAAGUAUUACAAUGGUUUUGUUGAUACCUAUAGAAAAGCUGGCGAUUUGCCAAAAGAUUUUGAAAGUGAUGAUGUCCGCCCUAUACUAAUGUGUUUUUUUUGUAUGGCCCGCUGUUAUGCAAAAUACUUAACCAAUGAUAAAAAAGGAAAACUGGAGUAUAUGCAUAAAGAAAAAAGCUGUUAUAAAUUUAUUGUAAAUUACUGUGAUAAUCACCCUGAUAUGCCAAAGGUUUUUGAAGAGGAAUUAUCAGUGUCAAAGGAAAUGUAUGCAUUGUUUGAUACAAAAUUGAACAAUGUAAUGAACAGCAUGGCCUAAUUUUCAAUAAAUGAAUUUUUAGUUAUAAAAAUACAAUGUAAAGAACCAA